UGAAUCCAUCUAAAGAGGUGGUUGUGAUGGAUCGAGUCGUUUGGACGCAGAUCGAACAAAAUCAAAUGGAAUUGGAUCGCUACCGAUCGUUGAAGCGGAUUCUAGAGGAAUUUUAUCAGAUGCAAUCCAAUCCCUCCGACGAUUUCAAGUGCUGCCUGCUCGAGCGGAACCCAUAUGAAUGGCAAUUUGGAAUCAGAGGCCCUAGUGGAACCGAAUUAGAGGGUGGGAUUUAUCAUGGGCGGAUCCAGUUUCCGGAGAAGUACCCAUCGAAGCCUCCUUCAUUCACGCUUUUGACGGAAAAUGGUUGCUUCAAAACCCAAAACCAGAUCGGGAUAAGGCGAUUGAAUGAUUGGCAGCCAUCAUGGAGGGUGCGAGAUGGUUUACUUGCACUUAUUGAUGAAAUGCAUACCUACCCAGAUGGUGAAUUGGAUUCAGUAGAAUACAAUAGGGAAGAAAGGCCUGAUCUGGCCAUCAAAUCUCGUGCGGCAGCCCCAAAAUAUGGCACUGCUGAACGUCAGAAGGUAAUUGAUGAGAUUCAUGAAUAUCUGCUAAGCAAGUCACCACCUGUUCCUGUUCCUCAAGUCCGACGGACGACAAACGUUCCGUGUCAGGAAGAGGUGGUUGUGGAUCGAGUCGGAUCAACGCAGAUGGAAUUGGAUCGGAGUGUGAUAGUGGAGGACAAGUCCAACAUACAGAACUCAGGGGAGAAGCGGAUUCUAGAGGAGUAUAAUGAGAUUGAAUCCAACCCCUCCAACGAUUUCAAGUGCCUCAAGCUCGAUUGGAAUCCAUAUGAAUGGCAAUUUGCAAUCAGAGGCCCUAGUGGAACUGAAUUCGAGGGUGGGAUUUAUCAUGGGGUGGUCCAGUUUUCGGAGGGAUACCCAUCGAAGCCUCCUUCAAUCAUGUUUUUGACGAAAAAUGGUCGCUUCAAAAUCCAAACCGACAUCAGCGCAAGGCUAUUAUCGAACUGGCAGUCACCAAGGAUUGUGCGAAAUGCUUUACUUGCACUUAUUGAGGAAAUGCCCACCUAUCCAGAUGGUGAUGGUGAAUUGGAUUCAGUAAAAUACAAUAAGAAUAUAAUGCGUAAGCUGGCCAUCAAAUCUCGUACAGCGGCCCCAAAAUAUGGCACUUCUGAACGUCAGAAGGUAAUUGAUGCGAUUCAUGAAUAUAUGCUAAGCAAGGCACCACCUGUUCCUCAACUCCAACCAAGCAGCCUCUCCCAAAAUGGAGCCGAAGGAAAGCACGGCAGAGGCACAGGCUCUGUUUUCAACAACAUUACUGGGAAUAAAGUUCAUGCUACCAACGGCAGGGUACGAUUUUUGCGUUCUAUGAAUGAGCCCCCCGAACCCAUGUUAGCAAAUAUAUAUGGUUUGCUUCUCGUGGUUCUCUUGUUUCUCUUGUUUUUGUCAAUACAUGGGAUUUUGUCCGGGCGAAAGAGGUGAUUUGGUAGCUUCUCCUAAUGGAUAUCAUAUGGACAUAGAGAGAUUAGUUUGUCUGUUUCAAUUAAAUAGAGCUAUGAUCAUGAAUGGGUGUGAGGUAAUUGUAAUGAAGGAAUGUUAUGUGAUGUAAUAAUAAUAAAGCUACUCAAUGUCGUAUUUCAUUGGCCA